CAUAUUCAUUUAUUUUAGAAUUUGAUCUCAAUAUUACGACAACCGAAGACUGAACACAAUGGAAGAUGAGGCUCCUGUCAUCUAUGGAUUAGAAUUUCAAGCAAGAUCAAUUUCAGCCCAAUCGGCUGAGACAGAACAGAUACGAUUUCUUGUCGGGACACAGUCUCUUCGAUCUGAGAAUCAGGUUCAUCACAUUGACUUUGACGAUGAAAACAAUAUUCUCAAUAAAAAUGUUUUCCUACACCGAGAAGGAGAAAUAUGGAAUCUUACAGCAUCAACCGUUGACAAGAAUUUACUGACAACAUGCUACAAUAAAACUUCAGAAUCUAAGGCCGAGAUGAAAGCUGCCCUAUGGAGGAUACCUUGUGAUUUUGAUAACUCAGAUGACAGUUCUCAUUCCUCCUUAGAACUUGUAUGCCAUCUUGACAAUGCGGAUUAUGGUGACAUGAAGAGUGUGUUAUGGCACCCGACUGGUGAUAAUACCACACUGGUUGGUAUCUCAGACAGUCAUUUAAUCACCUGGGACUUUGACGCUUCAUCUUCUGUAGCCAAAAUUAAGGAAUCUACCGGCCUGGAAAGUAAAGGUCAGCCAAAGUUCACGUGUGUGAGAUGGAACCCUCAUCACAACUGUACACAGGUAGCCACCGCUAAUGAUACCUGUAUCAGGGGCUGGGAUAUCAGAUCCAUGCAACAAGUAUACAACAUAGAAAAUGCACAUGGACAGUUAGUGAGGGAUAUGGACUUUAACCCCAAUAAACAAUAUUACUUAGUGAGUUGUGGUGAUGACUGUAAGAUAAAAUUCUGGGACACAAGAAACCCAACAGAGCCUCUUAAAGUCCUCUCUGAGCAUUCACAUUGGGUGUGGUCUGUGAAGUACAACCACUUCCAUGACCAGCUGUUAUUGAGUUCCAGUAGUGACAGCCGGGUCAUCCUACACAGUGUGGUGUCCCUCUCCUCUGAACCUUACGGUCACCUCGCAGAAAAUGAGGAGGACAGUGAUGAAGAUGCUGAAGAAAAGUCAGCAGAGCCCCCAAAGGAUGGUGUGAUUGCGACUUAUGAGGAACAUGAGGAUAGCGUUUAUGCCUCUUGUUGGUCCACGGCUGACCCCUGGGUGUUUGCCUCCCUGAGUUACGAUGGCCGUCUUGUGAUUAACAGAGUUCCUCGGGCAGAAAAAUACAAAAUUCUAUUAUGAUGUUAUCUCCUUACAAAUAAUGUUUAUUCAGAUGUAUGAUAUAAUGCUUACUUACUGUAACGGCAGUAUGAGGACAUUACAAUCCCCAUGUUCUCAUGUCCAUAUUUCACUGAAUGCAUGCAUGAGUGUUAAAUAUCUGUACCUGUAUGUACGAGUGAUAAGUGCAAUACACAUUUACAUGCAAGUGUAUUUAAAUCCUAAUUAUGGUAAAAUUAAUAGAAUAUGCAUAUUUUAUGCUCUUCUACAACAGUGCAUUUUUAAUUGUUUCAAGAUUUAGCACUGUUCUAAUGAGUAUCAGUGAGUAUCAGUUGAUUUUUCAGAACUGGAGGUCUUUUCUGCAAAAUUAAAAGUUUUGUUGAAUUCCUGUUUUUGAAGUAAAACUCAAUAGAAUAAAACAUAAUUCAUAAUUUAAAAAAAAGAAUAAAAUGAACAAUUUUAAUGACAGAUGUAUCUCAACUGUUUAGUUAAAUUAAAAUACUAUUGACAUAAAUCUCAAUAGAGUUGAACAUAUAACCAUUGAUGAAUAUUUAAUAAAUUGAAUAAUCUCAAAUACCAUGA